AUGCGACAGGGCGGGGCGCAAGCGACGGAUCGUUUUCGACGAUCCGGUCAGAGUACCACAAACAAUUUGCAGACGGAGUCGUGUCGAAUAACAACUGACAAACUGUUUAUACCACGUGAGCUCAUUGAGUCUCUCCUGCCACAUAUUAAUCGGUAUGAAAUAGAACUUAAACUGAAGGACUCGGAAAACGUUUAUGGUGUAGCAGCAAUCAAGAUUGAGAUCAAUUUACCACCAAGGGAUGGUACUUGCGGUUUAAUAUCUUCUUCUACCAUAUCGGUUGGAGAAGGCGUUAAUGUCACGUGCGAUAACUGGAAGGCUGAGCGUGGAAUUGCCACCUACACCUCAACUGAAAACCUGGCUGAAUUGAAUAGGAAGGAGGAAGAGGAAAGGAACAAAAGGGCCAUGUAUCGUGCUAAAAUGACAGAAGCACUCGCUAAAGCUGAAAUGAAGUCUGCAAAGGACAUAUUACUGGUUGCCAGUGCAGUGUCUGUUGUAACAAAUGCAUCUGAUGAGAUCUCUAAUACAGCAUUGGAUACAGGAGUUGCACUUGUUACAGACAUGGUAUCUGGCCUUUCGGCGUUCAGUGAGGAAAUUGACCAAAACACGUUGACUGAAGCAGGAGCCAACGUAAUAGGUGUUUUAGGCAAUAUCUUAGAGGGUUCAGCCCAGUCUAUGGACAACCCGCUUACCACUGCCAACGGAUAUAUAUCUCCUUCCCCGUCGGCUGCCUCAUCCACAACCGCAGGUACAACAUCUGAUCCGGAAGCACAGAAGGAGAGAAGUGAAAAGGCACGGAACACGGUAAAUACAUUGAUGGAGAGUAUUCACAACAUUUCAAAAACACUUUCUCAAAACAAGCUUCCUGGUGAACCAGCAACGUCUGUCACUACUCCAAAGAUUACGCUUCAGCUAAAAAAAGAUUUUGCCUACAUGUUUGGCAAUGAGACAACUGAAGAAGGAUGGGGUAGCUUUGAAGUCGGAAGCUGGUGCGGCGGAAUAAAGCCUAAAAGUGACUGCGAUCCAAAUGUUGUAAUGAAUCGCCAAAGCAUGAGUUCAUUUAAAAAUCCUUUUAACUUUGAUGAGUCUUCUAAAUAUAUCCCCGAGACGGCUGCCGCAAUGACACUUGUUUUUAGGAAUGAAUUGAACGAAGAUAUUCCAGUGUCAGAUACGCCAGUAGACAUCGAGAUAUUCUGUCCUCGCAGGGAUACGCCCGUGCCUGAGCUUUUGGAUUAUUAUCCAAAUGAUUUUAAUGAAAGUGCUUAUAUCUGUCACGGCAUUGAAAUCCUGGAUAAUAAGACGUCAUUGAUGUUUGACUUCCGUCCACACCAAUCGUCAAUAUCUUAUGCUGUUAUGCUAAAAUAUGAAACUAAACCAAACAUAACAUAUUAUGACCAUAUUUGGUUUUUUGGAUUCAACGAAACUGGUUUUACUGACAGUAACACAGAUGGCGUUUACUCUGUGACUCUACCGGACUCGUACAUUGACUACAAUACUGGUUACUAUUACCUCUGCCUAGCUGAGGUGACCCCUUCGCCCCAAGAUUCCGAAAUUCCUGAAACUGAUCCGAGUGUUGAUGAUAAUAUUGAGAUCUAUAAUGUUAGCAACAUUUAUGUGCAACUGAACAAUGUAACGUUCAACUACUCGUUGGUAAUUUCUACAUCAGGCUGCAGAUAUUGGGAUUUAUCUCAAGGCAUUUGGUCAUCUGAAGGAUGCAGGAUUGGACCUAAAACGAAUUUGUCAACCACACAGUGCUUUUGUAACCAUCUGACCUCAUUUGCGAGCUCAUGGUUUGUCCCUCCAGCUCCUCUGGAUUUCGACUACAUCUUUGCAAAUGCAGGCUUUUUGGAUAACAUCACAAUCUAUUGCACUACGAUUGCUAUCUACACUAUCUUCAUUCUCAUAUUUAUUUGGGCAAGAAGGAAAGAUAAAAAAGAUAUACUUAAGCUUGGUGUGACUCCUUUACCUGACAAUUCGCCUGCUGAUAAGUAUUUUUAUGAAAUAACAGUAUUGACGGGUCAAAGAAAGGCUGCCGGAACAGACUCAAAGGUGAGUUUUAUUUUAUCUGGAGAAGAUGAUGAAACCGAUGUACGCGUUUUCGAGGAUGAUCAACGCAAAAUUCUACGACGAGGGGGUGUGGACAGGUUUUUGAUGUCCGUCAGUCGGCCGCUGGGGUCACUAAACUACAUGCGCAUAUGGCACGAUAACGGUGGAAAGGGCAAGAUGCAAGGAUGGUACCUAAAGUACAUUGUGAUCAAAGAUCUUCAGCAACGCAAACGCUUUUAUUUCAUCGUAAACCGAUGGUUCUCAGUUGUAGAAGACGAUGGUCAGAUUGAUCGCCUUAUUGCUGUUGCCGGAAAGGAUGAAAUGCAGGAGUUUAGCCACGUGUUUACCAACCAUACGCGCAAAAACCUAAAUGAUGGGCAUCUAUGGUUCUCGGUUCUUUCUCGUCCAGCUGGCAGCCGAUUCACUCGCAUGCAAAGGGCUGGAUGCUGUCUAAUGGCAUUAUGGCUGGAAAUGCUUGUCAGUAUCAUGUUCUACAAAGUGAUGCCCCCACCUGGAUCUGAGAAUCCCGUCAAAAUUGGACCUGUUACGAUCACUCCCGCUUCGGUUAUGAUCGGCAUCGAAUCAAACUUAAUUGUGUUUCCUGUCAGCUUACUGGUUGUCAACUUCUUCCGUAAAUCACGUCCAAGGAAAAAACGUAAGUCUCGAAUCAUGGAAGCAUGGGACAGGCAGGCAAAGGCUUUCCGGAAGAAUAAAUUUAACAGAGACUCCGUGGCAACGCCUUCUGAAGUCAAGUUCUCUAAUUUAGAUGGAGUUGACCUCCGGGAAAAACAAAAGGAAAUGUCAGAAACAUCGAACAAAAUGAAGCACCCAGACGAUUCUCAAGUUAUCAUAACAACUGAGUCUGCGCCAGUUAAGAAAAAGCGUAAAGAGCGUUUUGGUUUUCCCUGGUGGUGUACAAUUAUCGCCUGGAUCCUGACAAUACUGAGUACUGCCGCAGCAACAGUCUUUGUCGUUUUCUACGGAAUCCAACUCGGAAAUGAAGAAACUUCAGAAUGGCUAGCGUCACUGCUCCUCGGCUUCUUUACGGCAAUUCUCUUCACUCAACCAAUAAAGGUUGUCCUCAUAGCUGUUUUUAUUGCCUGUGUGAUGAAAACGCCAGGAGCCGAACAAGAGGAAGAUAUGGACGAUGAUGAAGAAGAAUUUUAUUUAAAAUCUGAUGAAGAAUGGCUACAUUUCCCUGUUGAAGCGAAAAGUCGAAAGAUAGCAUAUAAGCCACCAAACCCAGCGGAUCUUCAAAUGGCCCGAGAGCAACGUCUCAAAGAAAUCAAGAUGUUCUCAAUAUUUCGUGAAAUUUGCUUCUACUCCUUCUUUCUGCUCAUCUUAAUGGUCGUUAGCUAUGGUAAUACAAACUCAAUGUCGUAUGAUGUCAAAAACGUUCUUUCGUCAACCUUUCAAGGCCCUUUGAAGAAUUACAAAAAGUGUAUCAUAACGAUUAUAAAUUUCUUCUCAGAUUUGUGUAAGCCCCAUGAGUUAAUCCAAGACGUAAUCUUUCAUUGUAAUGAUAAAUAUUCAGUCGGGGAUUCAGAUACUUCUGAUUAUGGAGCGGGGUGGACGCCUUACAACGUAACACGCGAAGUUCCAGAAUUCAUGUACACAACCUGGGAAAAGCUAGACAGUUAUCCGUUCCUCGGACGCCACGGGCUUUACAGCGGAGGGGGAUACGUUAUCAGUCUUGCUGAAGAUAUUAAGACAGCUCAGAGUCGAAUAGACCAAGUACAUCGUCAGCAUUGGAUAGACAAACACACCCGUGCAGUUUUUGUUGAGUUUUCAGUCUACAAUCCAGAGGUUAACUUGUUUGGAGUCGUCAACUUUUUCGUGGAGUUUCUUCCAACUGGAUCUCUUAUACCAUACGAACGCAUUGACGUUAUACAUCUUUUACGAACGUUUACCGGUUUCGCAAUGUUUGUCAUACUCAGCGAAGGAAUUUUUAUCGGCUUCUUAGUAUUUUUCAUCUUCAAGGAAGUCAACAACUUUCGAAGAGAGGGAAAAGCGUACUUUCACAAAUUCUGGAACUGGAUUGAAUUUUUGAUCAUCGCAAUAUCUGUGGCUGCAGUGGUUCUCUACUUCUAUCGUCAUUACGUCACUAAAGAAAUUGUUAACAAGGUCAAGGAACAGGGCAGUAAGGAGUACAUCAAAUUGCAGUACGUUGCCAACUGGAACGAGGUCUUUAUGUACAUGUUGGGAACUGUCGUUUUUCUGGCAACCACAAAGUUUCUGAAGUUGCUGCGAUUCAAUCGCAGAAUGGCGUUAUUAUCAAGCACAUUGAGGGCGUGCGCAAAGGAUCUUUUUUAUUUUGGAAUCAUGUUCUUUGUUGUCUUUUUUGCAUUUGUGUCAAUUUUCUAUCAGCUGUUUGUGGCCAAUCUUUUUGACUUUUCUGAUGUAGUUUACACAAUGGAAAGUCUUAUUGGUACGCUGCUUGGUGCCUUCAAUUUUCAAAGUAUUAGUUCUGCCAGCGGUCUCCUUGGUCCUAUUUUCUUCUUCUUAUACAUGGCAUUUAUGCCAUUUCUCCUAAUUAAUAUGUUCCUCACUAUUCUGAACGAGUCAUUUACAGAAGUAAAGCAUGACAUUGAUCAAAUGACCAACGAUUACGAGAUGGUUGAUUUUAUCAUGCGUCAUUUUAAAGGUUUGAUUGGCAUGAACAAGGCCCGUGACUUACUUCAUGAAAAAAACAACAAAGAUGUUGACAACCAGCCUACAAGUGAAAUUGAGGAAAAGAUUUCAGAUUUCCCAAAUAAAGUCGAUCAGCUGUUAGACACAAUUGCUAAAGUUUACUUUGACGCCGAGAAAUUUGAUGAUAUGAUUACGAAGAUGGGUGGAAAUGAUAAACCAAACUUAAAGAAGAAGCAAAACAGAAACAUAAAUUUUGUAGCUUAGAUAAUAAUCUGCCACUUUUCAAACAAUUUUAGCCAAAAAUCUAAUUUAAUAUGUUCAGGAUUAAAUAUUUGUAAAAUCUAGUUUGGUUAUAACGUUUCCUUCAAUCUAGUCAAUGCUAAUAUAGCGUUAUUCACAAAGCACCUAUAUAAGUUCCAACAAUAAAAACACUUAAUAUCGAGUAUAUUCAAAAUAUAAACAUUAAAUGUAAAAUAUAAUGUUUUGUGUCUUAAAUCAUGAGAGGCGGUUGCGAUUCACGUCCUCAAGAGAUUGAACCUUCUUAGUGAAUCUUUGUUUGCAAGGUACUACGGCCCUAUGAGAACGAGUUGCGUUAAAGCCAUUGCGCUCAUUACUGGUUGCAUCUUAUGGUGGGAGCUCUGAAGAUGUGUUUCAUAAUGGUGUUUCAUGUAAUAGCUGUGGUUUUCAUAAUAGGGCAAGGAACUCACUUUGACCUAAUGGUGGUGGUGGUUGGUUAUCCCAAAAAGCUUAUUUUCUAUCAAAUUGGGGUACGCUUGUCCGUGUCAGUGAAGAUGUGGUAAUAGUAUCAAACAUAUUAACACCACAUUGGUAGUGAACGAUCUUAUUCAUGGUGAUGGUUGCACAGAGUUGGCCACGUUAUGAUGCUGCUAUGCAGCUAAGACUAUCAUUAUGUUGGUAUCUCUUUAAUUGCCGAGUAUAGUUCAUAUUUACAAAUAUCGUAUCACAAAUGUGUCUAUAUACUUGAAUGAUGUAUUUGUACCCUUUAAAAUUACAUGUAUUUGCAGCACUUGAUCUAGAUAUAGGCCUAGUUGUUAUUUUCGGUUCAAAUCAUAUACCGGUAAUAGAUGUUUUACCGAGAGUUAUAAUAUCCUUAUGCAUUUUAUUCCGUCCAAAUCCGUCCAAUAUCGUACGAAAAACAUGCUUUGAUCAUGUACUAGAAGGGCGUUAAUUGUAUUAUAGAGAUUUGUAUCAUCAUAUGCCUAAUGAAAUGAAUUAUUGUGACAUAAGAAUAUAGAUGGAUAUAAUAUUAUUAUAAAUAGUAAAAAUUGACGAAAGUCUUCAUGACAAAUACAAUAUAAAGUUAAUGGGUAUUGU